AUGUCCGAAAAUUCAAAUAAGGCAUCUAAUCUUUUUCGAGCUCGUGAACAAGAAUGGCCUCAUCAACGAUAUGUUAUUAAUCCAACAUUUUCAUCUGCUAAACUUAAAUUUAUGUUUCCACCGAUCAAUGGAUGUAUUGAAGCUAUGUUAAAUCAAUUGUCACAAAUGAUGAACGCUGAACAACAACAUGAAGUCAACAUUUAUGAAUUACACAAACGAUUGACGAUGGAUGUUAUUUAUAAGAACAUCGAUCAAACUUUGGAAGCAUCUGUCUAUGAUAAAACAUGGACUUGGAAUGAUUUAUAA